AUGUUAGCUCUGGUGCUGGUCGCCUUUAUCACCAUGCUGAGCAUGAGUAUUAUUCGUCAUAACCGUUCAAAAAAUGGAAAGAAUGUAUCUCUGUCAACAAAUGUCCCAUGGGGUCCUCGUCCAUGGCCAAUUAUUGGUAAUCUUCUCCAACUAGGUUACCGUCCAUACGAAACGAUUUAUCGCUGGUCGAAAAUGCCGAAAUAUGGGCCAAUCUAUCGUCUGCGUCUCGGUUCGCAAACAGUGGUUGUCCUCAAUUCAGCUUCGGUCAUUCGCGAAGCUCUACAUGAUCAUAGUGAAUCAUUUGCUGGUCGCCCGUAUCUUUAUGUCAUCAAUGAAACUCUUCAUGGUAAAGGUGUGAUCUCAGCUCCCUAUGGCCGUGAAUUCAAUGAACAUAAAAAUUUCUUAUUGAAGAAUUUCAAUCGAUUCGGUCGUCGACGACGAUCGUCAUUAGAAGAUGGCUGUCUUGAUGAAAUACGUAUGGUUGCUGAAAAACUCCGGGAGAAACAAUCAUCGCCAUUCCAGAUUGGUAAUCUGUUAAGCCAAAUAUCGGGUAAUAAUAUCUGCACGUUAACAUUUGGUCGUUAUUUCGAAACAAUGGAUAUCACAAGUUUAUUUGAGAAAUUAAAUGAGAAUUUCAAUGAUACAGCAACGAUUGCAUGCUUCAAUUUUCUACCAUUUACACGUCGAUUUAAAACACAUAUAUUCGACAAUGUCAAUUAUUCCAAUAAUGUUAUUAAAAAGUUAGUUAAAGAACGCGAAACAAACUUCGACUCGCAAGAUGUGAACAACAUUGUCGACGCAUAUCUCGAUCAAAUGGAUAAACAACGACAUUUCUCCAAAGACAAUCUAGAUUCCUUAGUACAAGAUUUAUUCGUGGCGGGUACAGAAACAGUUUCGAAUACAUUGAAUUGGACCAUAUUCUAUAUUGUAUCACAUCCACAUGUUCAACAGAGGAUCCAUGAAGAAAUCGACCGAAUGAUUGGUAAAGAUCGUGCACCAUGUGAGAAAGAUCGUCAUCAAAUGCCAUAUAUUGAAGCUGUUCUACUUGAAUCGAUGCGUUGCCAUUGUGCCGGACCAAUUUUACUACCGCGAGCAACAACACAUGACAUCACAUUUCAAAAUUACUUCAUUCCAAAAGACACAUUCAUUCUAGUCAAUAUGUGGUCGGCUAUGAAAGACGAAGAACAAUGGCCUGAGCCGGAAAAGUUUCGACCAGAAAGAUUUAUCGAUGAAAAUAAUCGGCUGAUCAAUAUCAAUCAUCCAGCUAUGAUGCCGUUCAGUGUCGGCAAACGAGCAUGCACAGGCGAACAAAUCGCUAAAGUGCAAUUAUUUUUAAUCUUAGUUAGUUUGUUUCAAAAAUUCGAGUUUCAUUUUGCAAAUGGUUGGACUCCCAAGGAUCUUCGUGGUCAACCGGGUUUUACUCUUCGGCCACCCAUCUGUCAUUAUCAAGCUUCCGUUCGCUAA